CUCCUACAAAUAUAAGAACCCUUUUCUGAUACUUUGAGGUUUUAGCCUAGGAACCGUGUUCAUCUACUCUGAGCCGCAUCACUUCCCGGAAUCGUGCAUCCCUACGUUCAAUAUGUCGCUGGUGGCAAACGAGGAUUUCCAGCACAUACUUCGUGUUUUGAACACGAACGUAGAUGGGAAGCAGAAGAUAAUGUUCGCUCUUACCUCAAUCAAAGGUAUUGGGAGGCGAUUUGCUAACAUUUGCUGCAAGAAGGCUGAUGUUGACAUGAACAAAAGAGCUGGUGAACUGAGUGCUGCUGAGUUGGAUAGUGUGAUGACUGUGGUUGCCAACCCCCGGCAAUUCAAGAUUCCGGACUGGUUUUUGAACAGAAAGAAGGACUACAAGGAUGGCAAGUAUUCUCAGGUGGUGUCAAAUGCACUGGAUAUGAAGUUGAGGGAUGACUUGGAGAGACUUAAGAAAAUCAGGAACCAUCGAGGUUUGAGACACUACUGGGGUCUUCGUGUACGUGGCCAGCAUACCAAGACCACUGGUCGUAGGGGUAAAACUGUUGGUGUGUCUAAGAAGCGCUGAGCUUUCACUUCCUUUUUCUUCUGUUUUUUUAAGAAUGAGAUAUAUUAUUUUUUUGUUAAAGCCGACAAAAUUUUAUUUUGAGAAUGGAUUUGGAUUUUGUUGCAUUUGAACGUUGAUUGUGAUUGGGUUGGUUGAUCUUAUUUAUUUUACUUAUUAAUCCUAUGUCUUUUUGGUCCAUUU